GCUCCUCCGAAAACCCGGUACCCGCACUCCACGCCACGAAACGUCGGAUCCACAGCCAUGGCCUCCUCCUCCCAGACGGCGGCGGCCACGCCGGAGAAGAGGCCUCUCCGCUCGCUCUUCGACCUCCCCUCGGACUUCUUCGAUUCGUACGUCCUCCUCCGGGCUCACCCCUCGUCGGCCCCUUCUCCCGCGGAACCGUCCGAACCCUCUCGGCUUGCUCCGGCGCCGUCGCAGCAGCAGCAACCGACGGAGGCCGCAGGGGCCCGGUGGACGUGCCACACCUGCGCCGCCGAGUUUGAUUCGCUGCAGGAGCAGCGCGAGCACUUCAAGUCUGAUCUCCAUCGUCUGAACGUUAAGCUGAGUGUUGCUGGUAAAGCUAUUAUCAAGGAAGAAGACUUAGACAAAGUUGAUUCUGAUUCCCUGUUUGACGAUUUGGAGGUAUCUAGUGUAUCUGGAUCAGAGGAUGAACUUGAAAAUAUACCGUCAUCAGAUCGCAGGCUCUCAGUUAGAGGCAAGGAAGAAUUCAGGAAGAAACUUUUUUUCCGCAGUCAUUCUGGUGACACAGUUUCUAUUUGGAGAUGUGUACUGUUCAAAGAACAUGAAGAGCCAAUUUUUGAUUGCAAAUCUGGAAAUACGGUUAGUCAUGGAUCAACAUCAUUUGUGCACGAGGAUGAGAUAUUAAGUAGAGUGAAGUGUUUGACAUGCGAACCUCGCAAUACAUCACAUUUGAGGAUCAUUCUACUAACAAGUGGUGGACAUUUUGCUGGAUGUGUUUUCGAUGGGAACUCAACCGUAGCCCAUAAAACAUUUCAUAGGUAUGUUGUAAGAGCAAAGGCUGGAAAGAGGCAAUCUGGAAAAGAUGCUACUGGAAAGGUUGCACACUCAGCAGGCUCUUCUCUUCGCCGCUAUAAUGAAGCAGCGUUGAAAAAGGAAGUUCAAGAACUACUAGUUUCUUGGAAGUCAUACUUUGACGUCUGUGUUUGUGCCUAUAUAUACGCUCCAUCAAAGAAUCGCCAGAUGCUCUUUGACGGGGAUAAGACUCAAUCUAUAUUGCAGGAAUGUGAUAUUCGUCCACUCCCUUUGAGUGUUCACCGGCCCACCUUGAAAGAAGCAAAACGGGUAUACAAUAACCUAACCCAGCUCUAUUACGAGACAGAAUGCUCUAUCAUGGGUGAAGUCUUACCUCAUGUGGAUAACUUGACAAAUUUUGAACAAAGCCCCGUAGCAGAAGAGGAAUUAAUUGUGAGCUCCAAGGAACCUAUCUCUGAUUCAUCCUUAAAUUUGGACUCACUGAAUUUGGAUGAAGCAAUAACCAUACCAUCAUCUAAUAACAAAACAACACCUCUUCACGAGGCAGCAAAGGCUGGCAAUGUGCAGCAAACUCUAGAGUUGCUUGAGCAGGGUUUGGAUCCUUGCAUCAAAGAUGAAAGAGGAAAGACCCCUUACCUGCUGGCUUCAGACAAAGAAGUUAGAAAUACAUUCAGAAGAUUUAUGGCACUCAACCUUGAGAAAUGGGAUUGGCAUGCUGCUGAUGUUCCUAGUGCACUAACAAAGGAAAUGGAAGAAUCACAAGCUGCAAAACAAGCAGAGAAGGAUGCAAAGAAGAAAGCGAAAGCAAAGGAACUGAAGAAACAAAAGAAAGCAAGAGAAAAGGAAAAGGCGCAAGCAUCUCAAUCCCAACCUGAUCUUAGAGGCACUUCUGUUGGCCAAAUGGGCAAACCAACUGCUUCUGUCCCUGGCCUGAAACAUAAGCUUCAGUCGCCCCAGGCUGUUGCUAUGUCGAUGCAGGAGGAGCGAGAACGGAAACUAGCUGACGAAAGAGAGAAAAGAGCAGCGGCAGCAGAAAGAAGAUUUGCGGCUCUAGCGGCUCAAUCAGGAAGCACAUCAGGAGCAUCGGCAGCAGAAAAGACGACAACGGCGGCAGCAGCAGCAGCAGCAGCCGACGAUACUACUUGUUCAUGCUGUUUCUCAUCCUUGGCCGGCAAAGUACCAUUCCAUAGAUAUAGCUACAAGUACUGCAGCACUACGUGCAUGCAUCUUCAUUCAGAAAUGCUAGAAGAUUGAGAAAAUGGUGUGACGUUACAUACGAGAUUUUACGGUUCACUGUGCCUCAUUUUAAUGAUAUGCAUAUCUGGCCAUUCUUCUUA